AUGGCUCAAAUACGAGGAACCGCAGGCUAUAACCUGGGCCUGAACAACCAGUUUAGCUCUCAACGAAGUACCGAUGCCACGAGCGAUCCCAGUCCUCUGGACCAGAUCCGGGAACAGACAAGCAAGAUCGAAGACUGGCUGAACACCAUGGGAGAGCCUCUGAAACCAUACCUCCCUGCCAUCGGACGGUUUCUGAUCGUGGUCACAUUCAUCGAAGACGCUAUAAGAAUUGUUACGCAGUGGGGUGAUCAGCUCACCUACCUCCGAGACUUCAGACACAUCCCUUGGGGAAUCACGCAUCUUUUCCUGAUCUUCAACGUCCUCACCAUGUCCGUUUGCUCAGUUCUUGUCAUCAUGCGUCGCUACGGAGAAUAUGCAGUGGCUGGGCUGUUGUCGGUUGUUGUCGUUCAAGCUUUUGGAUAUGGCCUCAUCUUUGACCCGAACUUUUUCCUGCGCAAUCUUUCCGUCAUUGGUGGUCUUCUCAUGGUGCUGGGAGACAGCUUUGUCAAGAAGACCCGAGUGUUUGCCGGCCUCCCAUCUAUUGACGAGAAGGACAAGAAGAUGUAUAUUCAGCUCGGCGGACGUGUUCUCCUGAUAUUCUUGUUCAUUGGAUUUGUCUUUGCCGGCACAUGGACCAUCUGGAGAGUGCUCGUCAGCCUGGUUGGAUUCGUGGCCUGCGUUAUGGUGGUCGUCGGCUUCAAGGCCAAGCUUAGUGCAAUCAUCUUGGUUGUUCUGCUUAGUGUCUUCAAUGUGCUCGUCAACAACUUCUGGACGCUGCACCACAGCCACCCUCACAAGGACUUUGCCAAGUACGACUUCUUCCAGAUUCUGUCCAUCAUGGGUGGACUGCUUCUGUUGGUGAAUAUGGGACCAGGUCAAUUGAGUGUGGACGAAAAGAAGAAGGUUUACUGA